CAAGCAAAAAUGGCUCCUCAAAACGUUGGAAUUCUCGCCAUGGAAAUCUACUUUCCUCCUACUUGUAUCCAACAGGAUACCCUAGAAGAUUUUGAUGGAGUUAGCAAAGGAAAAUACACCAUCGGACUUGGACAAGACUGCAUGGCAUUUUGUUCGGAGGUGGAAGACGUCAUCUCUAUGGGAUUGACAGCUGUCACUUCACUACUUGAGAAAUAUGAGAUUGAUCCAAAACAAAUUGGUCGGCUGGAAGUAGGCAGUGAGACUGUUAUAGACAAGAGCAAAUCCAUUAAGACUUUCCUUAUGAAAGUUUUUGAGGAAUGUGGAAAUACCGAUAUUGAAGGUGUUGAUUCAACAAAUGCUUGCUAUGGUGGAACUGCAGCAUUAUUCAACUGUGUGAAUUGGGUGGAAAGUAAAUCGUGGGAUGGACGCUAUGGAAUGGUUGUCUGCACAGACAGUGCGGUCUAUGCAGAAGGACCAGCUCGACCCACUGGAGGAGCAGCUGCCAUUGCGAUGCUGAUAGGGCCAGAUGCCCCUGUUGCAUUUGAAAGCAAAUUCCGUGCAAGUCAUAUGUCCCAUGUUUACGACUUUUAUAAACCUGACCUUGCAAGUGAAUACCCGGUUGUUGAUGGAAAGCUUUCCCAAACUUGUUAUCUCAUGGCACUUGAGUCUUGCUACAAGGGAUAUUGUCGAAAGUACGAGAAAUUGGAAGGCAAACAAUUUUCAAUUGCUGAUGCUGACUAUUUUGUAUUUCAUUCUCCUUAUAACAAGCUUGUACAGAAGAGCUUUGCUCGAUUAGUGUUCAGUGAUGUCGUUAGAAACGCCAGCUCCGUUGAUGAGUCUGCCAAAGAGAAGCUAGGGCAGUUUGCAUCUUUAACUGGUGAUGAGAGCUACCAAAACCGUGAUCUUGAAAAGGCAUCYCAGCAAGUGGCUAAGCCCCAUUACAAUAAGAAGGUUCRACCURGAACUUUGAUCAACAAGCAAGUCGGCAACAUGUAUACUGCUUCUAUAUAUGCGGCCUUUGCUUCCCUCAUUCAUGAUAAGAAUAGCUCUCUGGAUGGCAAUCGGGUCAUGAUGUUUUCGUAUGGAAGUGGAUUAUCUGCCACUAUGUUCUCAUUGCAUCUAACUGAGGGCAAAGCGCCUUUUAGUUUGUCAAACAUCGCAAAGGUGAUGAAUGUCGAUGAGAAGUUGAAGAGGAGGACUGAGGUUGUGCCAGAAAAAUUUGUGGAACUGAUGCAGCUAAUGGAACACAGAUAUGGAGGCAAGGACUUUGUGACUAGCAAAGACACCACUCUUCUAGCCCCAGGCACCUAUUACCUUACCGAAGUUGACUCCAAGUACCGCAGAUUCUAUGCGAGAAAGACCACCAAGUUGGCUAAUGGUCACUGAUCAAGUUUGGGUUUGGUUUGGUUUGGUUUGGUUUAGGUGUGAUGUUGUAAGAGAACAUAGGAGGAGGAGGAGACCAAUAAUCAUUUGCUUUCAUUUCGAGUUUGUUACAUAAUAACACUCAUUAAAUUAUCCAUCUUCUUAAGAAAUGUAUUGAGGUUGGUCAAUUUCAAUCAUUUUAAUAUAAAUGGGUUAAAAUUGGCAAUUGC